AACGUUUGUUUGCGUCCUCUACAGUUCAUUCCGUUGUUGCAGCUGCUCGUCUUGCAACUUGAUGUGUAACGUUAAGUUGGUUUAGCGAUUAACUUUUGGGAACUUUGUGAUCGCGGUGGCAAGAUCUUGGUGUUGCUUAGAAGUCGAGCAUUCAUGGUUUACCAAUGCAGUUAAUUCAGGAGUUUUAAUUUGAGUGUUAUGUGCCUUUAUCUCACUUAUGGUCGUGUCGUGUUUUUGUUUGAUUGCUAUCGCAUCGAGUUUCUGAAUAAAAAACUAAACUUAGAUUCUUCAGAGUUUACUUCUGUCCGUCGUAAAGGUGAAACUGAAAGAUGUCUUCUAAGAUUCUUCUGACUAAUCUACGAACUACCGCGAGCUUCUACAAAACACUGCAUUUUCUGCAGAGACCAUGGACUCCUUUCGUAGCUUCUCAACAAAGCUGUGCCAUUCAUGUGGAUAACCCACCCAGCACCCCAACCCUGACAACCAGUUAUGUCCAUGGCAUCUCCUCCCAUCCGCUGCUCUCUAUUACUGUGGACCAGUGUCUUCGAGCCUCAGCGGAGCGCUACCCUGACCGGGAAGCUUUGGUUUUUGUGCAGGAUGGGAUACGCAAGACUUUUGCUCAGUUCUACCAAGACGUGGAACAGACUGCUGCAGGUCUACUGGCUGUCGGGCUGAAAAGGGGUGAUCGCUUAGGGAUGUGGGGACCGAACAUCUAUGAAUGGAUACUGAUGCAGUUUGCCACAGCUAAAGCAGGGAUCAUUUUGGUUUCAGUGAACCCGGCUUAUCAACUGCAAGAGGUAGAAUUUGCACUCAGAAAGGUACAGUGCAGUGCAAUAGUUUGUCCGACUCAAUUCAAGACCCAAAAGUACUGUGACAUGUUAAGGCAGCUUUGUCCAGAGAUGGAGACCGCUUCACCUGGAGGAAUCAAGAGUUCAAGACUACCAGACCUACACACUGUGAUCGUGACUGACAGUCAGGAGCCAGGAACUUUCCACUUAAAAGAUCUGAUGCAGGCAGGAAGCAGCCAACAUCAUCAACAACUACAAGACCUGCAGAAGAAACUUGUUUGUGAUGACCCCAUAAACAUUCAGUUUACAUCGGGAACAACUGGAAAGCCCAAAGGAGCCACUCUGUCUCAUCACAACAUUGUGAACAAUGCUUAUUUCCUCGGCAUGCGCAUAGGCUUCAACUGGAGGAAAAACGUGCGAAUUUGCUUGCCGGUGCCCCUGUAUCAUUGUUUUGGAUCAGUGGGUGGUGGUAUGAUCAUGGCUGUUCAUGGUACCACAUUGGUUUUCCCAUCUACUGGUUAUGAUGGACAUGCCAACCUGCUGGCGAUAGAGAAAGAGAAGUGCACGUUUGUCUACGGCACCCCUACUAUGUUUAUUGACAUGCUGAGUCAGCCUGACCUGGCCCAGAUUGAUUUGUCAUCAGUUGAGGGUGGCGUUGCUGCUGGUUCACCUUGUCCUCCUGAAGUCAUCCGUAAGGUCAUCAAUAUCAUGGGUGUUAAGGAAAUGGUGAUUGCGUACGGCACAACCGAAAACAGCCCUGUGACAUUCAGCGGCUUUCCAGUUGACAGCAUGGAGCGAAAGACAGAAACUGUUGGAUGUAUAUGCCCCCAUACUGAGGCAAAAGUAGUGAACCCUACUACAGGACAGAUCGUGCCUCUGGGCGCUCAGGGCGAGCUGAUGAUCAGGGGAUACUGCGUGAUGCUGGAAUACUGGAAAGAUGAUGAAAAGACCAACGAGUGCAUCUCAAAAGAUCGCUGGUACAAGACUGGUGAUAUUGCCACUUUGGACAAGUACGGCUACUGCAAAAUGGAAGGACGCAUCAAGGACAUGAUCAUCCGAGGAGGAGAGAACGUCUACCCUGCUGAAAUCGAACAGUUUCUGCAUACACAUCCUAAAGUUCAGGAAGCACAGGUGGUUGGAGUGAAGGAUGAGAGAAUGGGAGAGGAAGUUUGUGCUUGUAUUAGACUCAAGCCUGGUCAGGAAUGCACUGCAGAAGAGCUCAAGGCCUACUGCAAAGGAAAGAUUGCCCAUUACAAGGUGCCACGCUAUGUAACGUUUGUUCAGGGAUAUCCUUUGACUGUCACAGGCAAGAUCCAGAAGCACAAACUGCGUGAGCAGACAGAAAAACAGCUUGGACUCUGAUUGCAAAAGCACCUGUGGUAUUUUUUU